AUGUCCUUCGAAGAUAGGCACGACAUGCUGUAUCUUCUCGUCUCUACGUCAUACAAUGGUAAGAAGCAGCUGAAACAAGCGAUACGCGGGGACACGUCGCCCAGUUUUCUCAACGACGCAGUUGGUCCAUUUCUAAAGCUGCUCUGCUCGGAGGAGAUGAUCUUAGGGACCGCGAAGGGACCGAUAGAGCAGCUCUUCGACGAUGUAUACGAGAUCGUCGGUUUCUUGCAAAACCUGCGCAAACUGAUCGAAGAGCCCGACAAGAUUCGCGACCCGACGCCGUUCGCGCAAUUCAUAAUCAAUGUCGCGACCCGCAAAAGCGAAGCCCGUGAGGACGACGACGUGCGAGGCAUCGCUGACGCUCUCGCGGAACGCGAACUGCCAAUCGCGUGGAGACUGCGGGUCCUUCUCGACGACGGACCGUCAGCCUUGGGCGACUCGUCAACGGAAGAUCGUCUCGACCUUCCAGGUGAUCGCCACGACAACGACUACAAGUGUUUUCGGGACGUGCGCGUUCUGCCAACGAUGGAAGAAGUGCUGUGCGAGCGAAAGCCUUAUCUGCCGCAGCCGCUGUCUAUGUCGGACGCACGCGCCGCGGCGUCCGCCGGGGACACGAACUCAGUAUCCUCCGGCGUCGCAACACUCCUCGACCGUCAGUUCCGGCUACUCCGCGAGGAUUUCAUCGCCCCGCUGCGCGAAGAGCUACAGCAGCUGACUAACACCCAAGCGGGACGAGGAAGGCCAUCGCGCUUCACCUUCCGCGGCGUCAAAUUCGUCGGCGCUGACAGCGGUGGCGACGAUAAGAAGCUAAACCCAUGCGUUAUUGUCUCUUUUGAGUUGCCGCAGGACCACGGCGCGCGUCGCUGUCGCAGUAAGAAAGAACGCAUCGCGUUUUGGGACGAUCACAGGAGCAUUCUCGCCGACGGGGCGCUCUGCGUCCUCUGCAUCGGCGACAAGCCCGUGUGCUUUGCGACGAUCGUCCGACGCAUACCUGAGCUGUUGGCAAAGAAUGAACCGGAGAUAGGGCUCACGUCUGGGGCGUGUGGGAAUGCGACGGAGGAAGAUUUGUCAAAAAUGCUGUCUUACUGCGGGAGAGACAAGAGCGAGAUCAAGGCCGCGCUCGUGCAGGUGAGCACCGGGCUUUUCCAAUACACGCCGGUGCUCCGUUGCUUACAAAGGAUGGACACGAUUCCACUAGUCGAAGAGCUCGUCAUGAACCUGCCGUCGCGGGAGACGAAUUAUCUACCUUUGGAAGACGCCUACCGCGAGCUCGAUCACUUUCGUUACGACGACCAUCAAAAAAAAGCGAUGCGGCUCGCGUUGCGUAACCGCGUCUCGAUCACGCAAGGUCCGCCUGGGACGGGGAAGACUUUUAUAGGCGUACGCCUCACAGAUAUCAUCUACAGGCUAACGAACGAGCGCAUCUUGUGCGUGUGCUUCACGAACCACGCUCUCGAUGAUUUCAUGAGUGAUCUUCUGAAUGAAGGCAUGACUGAAAUGGUUCGCCUCGGCGGUGGCAGCAAGGAUCCGCGCCUGGAGGAUUACCUGUUGAGAAAUCUGAAAGUCGAGGGCGGCGACCACAGCAGAGCGGAAAAGGGACGAUUCAAGGAACUCGCAACUCGUGCUGAGAAAUUGAAAAAGGAUAUCGACAAACUUUCGCACAGGACGACGUACACCAUCGGAGAGAAGUGGUGGAAUACAGGGGUCGGCGACUUCCUGAAGAAACACGAUCCGCUCGCGUGGUCGCAGCUGUGCGUGUUCGACGAGGACAUGAAAGACGAAGCAGGCUUCGAGGUCGUGUACAACGGCGGCGCCAACCUCACGAAAGAUGCGCUGUGGAAGGCCUGGCUCAAAGGCAAAUCACGAUCAGUGGUGCCAUGCAGCCAACGCGGGGACGAACGUCGUCGGCGCUUUCGCGACGAGCACCAAGCAGUGAGUCCGGCGAACGAGGAGGCGGAGUUGGAUAUCUGGGCGCUUGACUAUAAACAGCGUCAACAGAAAAAGGGCGAAUGGCAGGACGAGUACUUCCGCGAGGACCGAGAGGAACUAGCGGCAAAGAUGGUCGAGCACGACACAGUCUCGAACCAGCUGAAUGAACUGAAACGCGGGCGCGAUCUUGUCAAGCUCAGAGGUGCGCGUAUCAUCGGCUGCACGACCACGGGCGCGGCUAUGUUCAAGGAACUUAUCGAGGCGGCUCAACCGACGGUGGUUAUCGUCGAAGAGGCGGCAGAAAUUCUCGAGGCGCACGUCAUCACCAGUCUGCAAAAUAAUACGAAGCACCUGAUCAUGAUCGGCGAUCACAAGCAGCUGCGGCCGAAGCUCGAUACCUACGAACUGAGUGUCGCGUGCAGCUCGACGAGCCACGACUUCAACCGGUCGCUCUUCGAGCGCCUCGUUCUCUCGGGCGCCGUCGAGCACGCGUCGUUGGCUUCGCAACACCGCAUGCACCCGGAGAUUUCGAAGCUUAUCCGGCCGACGUACGAUGAGCUCGUCGACGAUGAAAAAACGCUCAAUCACCCAGCGAUACGCGGUGUUAAGUCGCGCGUAGUGCUUAUCAAGCACGACGAGCCCGAAGGGAGUAAUGCGGCGUGGAAGGUCGAGGCUAACUCGAAGACGAACGCGCAUGAGGUUGGCAUGGUUCGUUCUAUCGUGCGCUACCUCACGCAACAGGAAUACGAUCCGACGCAGCUCGUCGUGUUGACCCCUUAUCUCGGGCAGCUACAGUUGUUGCGAAAAUCCCUCGCCGAUGAAUUUAGCGUGAUGAUCGGGGAAGUCGACAUGGAGGAACUCGAAGCUGUCGACGCCGUUUCCGUUGAUGGAACGACGGACAAUCCAAACGCGCCACAGCGCGCGGAACUCAAGCCCGUUCGCGUGUCCACGAUCGACAAUUACCAGGGUGAAGAGGCAGACGUCGUGGUUAUAUCGUUGGUCCGCAGCAACGCAGAAGGAAAUAUCGGCUUUUUGUACGAACCCAAACGGUUAGGGUUUAGGGUUUAG